UAUGUAUGUAGACAUUUAAUGUAUCUGUUAUAUCUGAAAAAACAACAACAAUACAUAUAAUUUAUUAUGAAACUGAACACUUUAAGCCGUCGUACUUCCUCUCACCUGUCUCUUUGUUGUACUCGCAGCUCGCCACGGCAUUCGACAGUCUGAAGAACCUCGGAGUGAUCCACGCUGACCUGAAACUGGACAACGUAAUGAUGGUGGAUCAACGGAAACGACCCUUUGAGGUCAAACUCAUUGAUUUCGGCCUGGCAAUGCACAAGUCAGAAGCCAUGCAGGGGAUGACCGUGCAGGUGGUUUCCCACAGGGCUCCAGAAAUCAUGUUGGGCCUCCCAGUGACCGAGGCCAUUGAUAUAUGGUCUCUGGGCUGCAUGAUGGCCUCCAUGCUCCACGGCAAGGAUCUCACCACAGGAGAAAACGAGUAUGAAAUGGUCCAGGACAUCACGGCUCUCCUGGGUCUGCCAGCAGACCAUCUCCUAGAUGCAGGACUCAAGACUAAGAGAUAUUUUACGAUGGAGCGCGGUGCCUGGAGGCUAAAGACCCAUGAGGAAUACUGCAGGAAACACCCUCAGCGGCAGUACAAGACCGGUGUGUCUUACUGUCUGGACGACUUCAGAAAGGUACGUCUGGAGAGGAACAGGUCCGAGGCUAUGCAGCGAGCGCAGUGCAUCGACCUCUUGGAGGCCAUGCUGAUCCUGGACCCGGCCAAGAGGAUCACUCCCAAAGAGAUCCUUAAUCACCCGUUCAUCACUGGUAGACAAAGCAGCUCCAGUCGCAAGAAGAAGACAAGCUUCAGAUGGAUGAAAAGGAGAAUCGCACCCGAUCCCACAGCUGCUCCACCACGUGUGAUCCCGGUCCGUCCUGCAGCAGCUGAACUAAGGCUGCUCGACAUUGAUGAGGAGAUCAGUGAGCCUUCUGCUCUGAGCGAUGACAACAACAACAUCGAAAGACAUCGCAGCAGUCCGUCUCCUACAGUCGCUCGUGAAGUCGUGGUCCGUCUGGCAUUAGCUGAACUCAGGCUGGUGGACAUUGAUGAGAAGAUAAGGUAA